AUGUUCAGUUUACCCCCGAAAACCUCGCCAUGCCAUAAAGUCAACAGAGAGACAGCAUGAAACAGCGAGCCUGCUUCUCAGCUCCUUCCUAUUGUCUGUGUUGGGCUGUGUGCAGUGGUGGAGGGGGUGUGUAUGGACUAAAGGCUUGUUUUGGGGGAAAAUCUGGAACCAAUAUGCUUCAGACAAUUUCAAGAAAACUCUACAGCAGAGUCUUUGCCACUACCUUAGAUCGAGCCCCCCUCCUUUUGGCUCUCUCCUCCAAUCACGACACGCAUUGCCUUCCUGUUUCCCAACCCAACUCUCAACCAAUCGCUGAUCAAAGUAGGUAGGGCUUUUCGAAGACUUACCACUGGUCUUUAUAAAAGACCUGACAACCAGAUGGUGAUUUGAGGUUUCAAGAACUGACCUACAGCUACAUGACAUACCGUGGAGACAGAGAUUUUUACGAGCCCAGAUGCAUGGCCGUAUAAUCCGGCACCUUCUCGAGUUGGUCUUUUGCUUCGAUUUGUUUUGCUUUCCCUUGAAAUUGCUCUCAGUCAAAGGCGAAAAACGGGUCACAAGCAAAGCGAAAUAGGACAGAGGCACGGGAUUGACAAGUAAAGGACGACGGGCCGUCAUGCGAGAGGAACAGUCUUGUGGCGACUUUCCCGAGGGUGGGGUCCUACCCAGUGAAGAGGAGCAAGAGCGUCGCCCCAACAAGUGCCCCGUCGUCGUUGCGCCCCCGGCCGGUCCGCGGAAGCGGCUGACAGGCCCCAAGAAAGAGCCUGGUGGACACCUAGCACAGGACGACAAAACGCCACUGGAGGGCCCGUCUGCGCUCGUUCCCUCCAAGCGGCCCAAGAGGAAUUCCCCCUCGUCCUCAUCAAACUCUUCAUCCUCCCUAGUGCCCACCGUGAGCGCGGUGUCACCUGUCCCGGGGCAACCGUUCGAGGACCUCCACACACAACGCGUGAUCGCCAACGUGCGGGAACGACAGCGCACGCAGUCCCUAAACGACGCUUUCGCCUCGCUGCGGAAGAUCAUCCCCACGCUGCCUUCGGACAAACUGAGCAAGAUUCAGAUCCUCAAACUGGCUUCGCGAUACAUCGACUUUCUCUACCAGGUUCUCCAGAGCGAUGAGAUGGAUGCCAAGCUGGCCAGCUGUAACUACCUGGCCCACGAGAGGCUGAGCUACGCCUUCUCCGUUUGGAGGAUGGAGGGUGCUUGGUCCAUGUCCGCCACUCACUAGACGUUCAUCUGUUGCUAAUCCCGCCGACCGACCCUACAGCCCUACGAAACGCCACUUCCAACCAGCCUCUGAACUCUGAACCUGCAUUCUGCCCGAGAGAGAGUGACUCUGAUUGUUAAACACAUUGCUUUCUAUCUUCAGCUUCCCCAUCAACAGCCAUUUGACUCCUGCUACCAUGACCUGACCCUGCCUAAAGCUGACCUCUGACCCACCAACACAGAUCUUUUCACUUUUCCUCAGAGCGACCCUCUACAGUAUCCCAUUAUCCCAGAGGACAUCAUGUGUCAACAUCAAGCCAACAAUCUUUCCCUUCUCCCAAUGGAGCUAUACAACAAAAUUAAAAAAAACGACCCUCAAGAGGAACAGACACCAGCGGUGGUCCGUAUCUAAACGCAGACUCUGUAUCAAACUCUGGAAACGACUCUGAUUCAAUGGCAGAGUGCUGAUCUGAGAUCAGUGUGUAUGGAGGCACAGAGGCAGACAUUGACUGUCAUAAGGACUCUACAUGUAUAGCUAACCUUAGCCUAAUGGAAAAAUGCUACGUAGACUCACUAUAUUCUCUGAUAUACAGAUCCGAUCAUUUCAGAGUUGUUGCGCUUGCCAUUUAUGCUGUAUAUUAGCCAACAUUAUUGCUUUUGUGACAGUGUUACAAUUUUGUCAUGGUAUAUAUACCACAUUUGUCUAAAUGUAUAAAGGUUGUUACGCAUUUAAAAAUAAAUAAAGCUCAAGAGAUUGAUUCUACAAUAUGACGACUUGGUGAAUAGCAAAUGCAUAAAAGUAAGUUAUCUGACAGUUACUUUAUGAGUAUGUUACUGCCUUUCAGCACAAUAAAAACUGUCAAAAACUA